AUGAGGUCGACUACAGCUAGUUCGAUACUGGAUACUCCAAAGCUCCGACCGAAAAAGUCUCUCACUCCUGGUCGCGCUCUCGAUUCUUCAAGUCCUACGAAUGCACCCUCCUGCUACGAUAAGACUCCUGACGCGGAAACCGACUGCCUAUCACGGCGAGUGCGCUUUUCGCCGGCAGCCAGUUUCGCGAGUGUGUAUACUACGUACUCGUCAGACGUGUAUGAUCGCUCUCCCAUUGUAUCCGUACCAGAAGGUUCUCCCAGACGCCACUACACUCUGAAGGACGACUGUCCAAGCCCAAGUAGGAGUAAAGGCGUAAGCCGCCCGUUGCAGGACUUGCGUCCACUCAGCCGGUCAUUCCUGGCCUUGACGAUCUCUGAGGAAAGUGAAGAUGAAGAAUCUGGUGAAGCUGCAACACAAGUUUUGAAGGCGUCGUGGCCUCUUCCCUGCUUGGACAUGAAGUUCAUUCAAGACAUUGAUACUUGUAAUCUGGAUGAAGAUGAUAAUGACUACCAGAAAGCAACUCGGUUUUAUAAGUCGCUUUCUCAACUAGGCAAGAUUCUUUCCUGUCUAGAGUAUGACGGAGAAAACGAUAACGCUGAUUCUACAGGGCUGGUUUCCGCAUCCUCUCAAGCUCGUCAUAUCUCCCAGGCUGGUAGUUAUGUCACUGAUGUAAAUCCUCCUGUACAUAGAAGACGCCCUACGGAUCAGCCUACCAUGUCCAGUGUAGAAGCAGCUUCCGCGGAAGCCAAGGCUUUAAGAAACGAUAUUUCUUUGCCCGGGUCCGAUGCGGAACGCGCAGUCGUCAUCACUAGAAGUCAGCCGCUCAGCGAGAAGCCCGACUAUCGACAUCUGUCGUCGAAGUCUCUGUCGUGGCUGUCCGAUGAACAGGCCGGCCGUGGGCGCACCACAGGGUCUCUCAGCUCUCGUUCGUAA